CUGCAGUUAAUCCGACAGGGAUUGGACUGGAGCUGGAUCUUGAGCGCAGACAGAGAAGCGGAGGGGAGUGUCUGAGUUUACCGCUCUAACUCCUGAAACACCGAUAAAACUAGGUGGACGCUAGGUGUUAUAAAUGGAUAGGAGCAACAGAAAGAUAGAGUAGAAGUUGUGUAACAUGACAGACAAACUUUAGAGGUGAGUUUUUGGGGUGAGACGCUGAGGGUUAACGGCGCGGUCCACCGACGACUCAACAUGGAUGUCCGGGGAGCAACGGUGCUGCUUUGAGAAGGAAUUAAGGCCGUUUGUGGGUUAUUUCUAGCCGAAGAUUUUUUUGUGUGUGACGGAGCUGAGGAGGAUUUUAAAUCAGCGGGUUUACAGUUCAAGUUCAGCUGUGGAUUGUUGUAGCUAACAUUUAGCAAAGUUUGUGAUGUGAAUGCUUGACCAGCAUCUACGUCACUUCCAGAUGUUAAAACUGUGGAGGCGAGAUGUGCCGCUCUCAGAGAGGCUGAGGGAGGACUCUCCUCUUGUUCCGGUACCUGGCCCCCCACCCACGGCAGCCCCGAUGGGCCCCAAUAUUUCAUGGCUUCCUGAGGCCCCACUGCUCAGCUCGGAUCUGCCUAUCUUUCUGAUGACUCCAGCGGCGCAGGCUGUGUCCGGCUUCUUCGUCUGGACUGCACUAAUCCUCACCUGUCACCAGAUCUACAUGCACCUGCGUUUCUAUAGCUCGCCCAGGGAGCAGCGCCAUAUCGUACGGAUCCUCUUCAUUGUUCCCAUCUAUGCAUUUGACUCCUGGCUCAGCCUCCUGUUCUUCACCAAUGACCAGUACUACGUUUACUUUGACACCGUCAGAGACUGCUAUGAAGCAUUUGUUAUUUACAACUUCCUGAGUCUGUGCUAUGAAUACUUGGGAGGAGAAAGCGCCAUCAUGGCUGAGAUCAGAGGGAAACCAAUAGAGUCCAGCUGUAUGUACGGUACCUGCUGUCUGAGGGGAAAGGCCUACUCCAUUGGCUUCUUGCGAUUUUGCAAGCAGGCCACUUUGCAAUUCUGUGUGGUUAAACCGCUCAUGGCUGUCAUCACCGUCAUCCUGCAGGCCUACGGCAAAUACAAGGAUGGAGACUUUAAUGUUGCCAGCGGUUACCUGUACGUGACCAUCAUCUACAACAUCUCCGUCAGCUUGUCGCUGUACGCCCUCUUCCUGUUCUACUUCGCCACCAGGGAGCUGCUGAGCCCUUACAGCCCCAUGCUCAAGUUUUUCAUGGUCAAGUCGGUCAUCUUCCUCUCCUUCUGGCAGGGUAUGCUGCUGGCCAUCCUGGAGAAAUGUGGCGCCAUCCCUCAGAUCAACUCAGUGGAAGUGUCCGUUGGCGAAGGAACAGUCGCCGCCGGUUACCAGAACUUCAUCAUAUGCAUCGAGAUGUUUUUUGCGGCGCUGGCCCUGCGGCACGCUUUCACAUACAGCGUGUACAAGGACAAAAGUCUCGAUUUAACAGGACCUGUUCCUACAUACGGACAGUUUGGCCGCUGCGCCCCCAUGAAGAGCAUCUCCAGUAGCCUUAAGGAGACAAUGAACCCGGGCGACAUGGUCCAGGACGCCAUCCACAACUUCUCCCCGGCCUACCAGCAGUACACCCAGCAGUCCACGCUGGAGCAGGUGGCGCCACCGCCGGUCUCCCGUGCCCACAGUGCCGUCAGCGGCCGCGGGGACACAGAGAAAACGCUGCUGCUCAGCUCAGACGACGAAUUCUAGAACAGAACAAGUCAAAAGCGGGCGAAACUUGACAUUAGACUGAUGUUUUAACAGCUGUUGGUACUCUGCUCUCUGCAGCCGAUCCCCCUCAGUGUACGAAUCAGUAGUUGCUUGUUUGUUUUUGUUUCCCCGGUUUUACGGCUGAUCAAAAAAUGCAGGGGCCCGCCUUUCCCAAGGGUCACAAGUGGGAACACGGUUGAGUUGUGAGUCACACUUUCAGAUAAUGACUCAUAGCUUUGGAACAAAAAGUGGAAAAAAGCUGCAUUUCUUUUUUUUCCUCUCUCUCUCUCUCUCUCGCUCUCUCUCUCUCUCUCUCUCUCUCUCUCUCUCUCUCUCUCUCUCUCUCUCUCUCUCUCUCUCUUCAGCACAGUCCUGUUUCCCCUCCCUUGUGUUUAGCAGCGGAGCUGUAAUCUUCAUUGGUGUGUUGCUAUUUAUUUGUUCAGAUUCACAUUUUGAAAGCGUGGCAGUUUCAGGUAGUCUUUGGCAGUGUUUACCAAGGUUUCUUGUUUAGACAUAGUUCAUAAACUUGAAAGAACAUUUAGUCAAGACAUUGACUGGUUGGUCAAAGUGCUUUAAAGCAGUUUUCAGUGUUGUGGAGGUCUUAGUAGUGGGGGGUGAGAGACCCUGUGCAGCAGUUGGUGAUGCAUUUAAAGGGAAAGCAAGUCAAAAACAGGAGUUAAUAAACACAACACAUGGAUCAAUGUUGUUAUUGAUAUUGCAGAGGGGGAGGAAGAGCAGCUCAUAGAUUACAGAGUGCAUCUGUGGCUGUGGCAGCAGAGCCGGUCGGGAUUACACUUGUGUAAUUGGGGCGUUAUUUGAAUGGCCGGGAUUAAAGCUUCUGCUUCACUCUGAUAGUAAGACCUCUCCAGCCGCAAUGUAGGUUAAAUGGAUUGAGGAGAAAACAGAAGAGGAAUAUAGGCUAAAGCUAACUUUAGAUGCCUUUUCUCGUUACUGGAGCUUUGUCGAAGCUGGGUGUACUGUAGUUCACGCUCAGGGGCGAACAGAAGUUUCAAUUCUACUCUUAGCUAGGUGUUGUGCUGUGAUUUUUGAAAAGAGGAUACAUUUGAAUUUGAUAAGAUAUCUGAAAAGAUAUGGCAACUAAGGCAAGGAGUGUGUGGGUAACUGCCUGUGUGGCAGUUAGCUUUGCAGGGAUUUAAUAAAACAUUUUAGCGUGUGCCUACACAGCUGUUAAAUGACAGUACAUCAUUCUGAGUGCUGUCACAACCUUAAUGGACAUCAUGCCUCCAGCUGACAGAGCCAACGUACAACUCUCAUCUCAUCAGAUUUCAGUAUUGUGAUUAGUUUAUCUUUCUUCAUCUUGACCACAUGUGGGUCAUAAAUGUUGCUGUUGUUGACAUUGCUGCGUUUCUUUGAGUUGGAUUCACUUUUAUUCUUCCAGUCAGUCUUUUUUUAGUUUUUGGUGUAAGUUUACCGCAGUCUAAGCUGUUCUUCUUUUUUUUUUUUUUAAAUUUAUUUGUAACUGGAUUUCUUGAGUCAUCUGAAUGACUCAUACGAACCUGCCAACAUAUUUACUUCUACUUUCACUGCUUUGCUGCAGCACUGUCUCUACACCAGGGGGCCACAGGGAGCACGUUUGGAGCCAGUUGUAGGUCCUAAACAUACAGUCAGAGCUUGAAGCAUAUUUUUAAUGCACCAAGAAAAUGCUUGUCACUUUUUUUAUGUCUUUUUAGGACUGUCUUCUAUUUUCAUUGGAAAGCAGAAAUGUGUCCCAUGUUCAGACAGUGGUUACGUUUGUUUUUUUGUUUUUUGUUUUUCUUCAUUUAAAAAAAAAAAAAAUGUUGUGCUUCUGCCUGAGACAUUAUUAGUUCUAAAUAGGAGAGAAGCCACGUUGUGCGUGCAGGAGCAGCCUCUUAUUUAUAGACACUUUAAAAACGGGGUUAUUUUUAGCGAUGAUGACACUGAGGUUGCACUGCAGCUCCUACUGACAGGUUGCUUGCGUGGCAUUAAAUUAACUCUGUUUAAAAGCAAAGCAGACAGUAUGCCGAUUUGCACUUUCAAUGCCAUAAUUCACCCUUGUACUCCUCAUCUUUGUCUGCAGCCAUGCUGUUUGCUGCAGUGUGAGUUGUUCUUAUGUGGGGAAAAAAAUGUUUGUUGUAGACUAAUGUUGCACAUAAAGUACAUGAAAGUUUUAAGUGCUAUCUACAGGAGUAAAUGUACGUUUAAAUAAUCAUAUAUACUGUAUAGAUUGAUCACAGGAGAAACAAAGGCCUAGUUUUUUUUUUACAACUUUUGUUUCAUUGUUUUUUUGGUUUCUAGUUCUUUGUAUAUUAUAAUGCUGCUCACAAUGCUUCUGUGUCACGUUAGAUGGAAAACCAUGAAAACAAAAUUAAAGAUAUUUACUGUU